ACCACUUCUACUUCUGCUUUCAUUACUCCAACAGUUAGCACUCCAACAGUCUAGACAAUACCACCAUUAGCACCAUCACCAUCACCAACCCUCACGCUGCACACUCCCCAAAUCACAAACCCGCCUGAAACACUAACAGGGCGUUUUGUAACCGGGGUUUUUCUUACAGUAGGGCGAGGGGAGUAUACGUAUACGGCUGUGAUCAGGACGAGUACGGUUUUGCAUUAUCCUUUGAUACAGGGGAGUUUGCAGGCGGUUAAUAGGGUCGGGGAGAGUGGGAUGGUUAAUGAGAUUUUGGUUACGGAGGUUAGGAGGACGGAGGUUGUGGUGCGGGACAUGGGGGUGCGGGAUGAGGUUGCUGAGGGGGAUGUGGAGAUGGUUGGAAAUGCAAUGAGUGGGACUAGACGGCCUGUUUAUACGAGCGAAAGCAUGACGACGAUUCCGACCAUGGAGAUGAGUCCUGAUACAAACGAUUCGGCAUCCGUAUCCAUUACCAAAUUAUCUACAAAUUCGAACUCAACAGCAACAACAACCAAACCAUCUAAUCCAACCUCCUUCCAUCCCCUCCAAACCUCCCUAAAUAGAUCUAACCCAACCGCUCCCCAAUGCCCCUCAUCUACAAAUCGACUCGCUCUAUUAGCUCUCGUAGAAGAUAACACGAGAACAAAUCCCAACACAGAGCCAAAUGAAUAUCAACCCUCAUUACUGGAUAAUAUUAUAAGUCAUCUGAAUGCAGUAGAUGCGGGAAAUCUUCGACAUGCGAUUUAUGGGGAGCCGGAUCUUGAUCAGGGAUCGGAUACUGAUGCUGAGGGAGGGGAGGGUUCGAGUGAGGAUGGGGAUGGGGAUAGGGAUGAGGACAAGGAAUCGGGAUUUGAUGAGGGAUCUGAAAGUGAUUCCGAUAGUAAUGGACGAUUGUGUGGGACAUAUAAUCGUCUGAAUUCUUCGUUGCAUGAGGAUCAUGAUAAUUAUGGAGGAGAUAGGACUUCGGAUUCGGACUCGAACCCUCCGCCUGGUGGAGGUAAUUUUUCGGAACUGCCGAAGGAUUCGGAUACUUCCACACGAUCCAAUGGGAAAUUUGAUAAAUAUGCCAAGAAAAGAGAUGCUAAUGCUAGAUGUACCGGUACCUCGAAACAGAAUUCUUCUGCGGAACCAUCAUCACUUGAAGAAAAUUCAGGACAAUCGGGAAAUAAAUCAUACAUCUCCUCAUCGCAAUGCCGUUCUCAUCGUUGCGGAAAUAAUCAAAGGCAUGUGUCUACAGUUUUGAAUUCUGAUGCGGAUAUGGAUAUUGAUGUGGAUGUGGAUGAGGGAGGAGGAUGAAGAUGACUUCAUCUGUAAAGAACCAGCUUUCAAGAGUGAAAAAAAUUUGGAAAGUGUCGGAGGUGGAUGUGGAUGUGGAUAUUGAUGAAGUAUUUUGGGUAGAACCUACCUAUCAGCACGGCACUGGAGAUUGCUGAGCGAAAUGAACAGGAUGUAGAAGAAGAGGCUUGGACACUUUCAUUCAACGAAGAUAGUGGAAUGACGAGACAAAACUCGGUUCUUGGUACUAGAGUUAAGCGUGGAGAUAGGGGUUCGAAUUUCCUUGGCGGGUUUUGUGGAUAGGUGUAUGUAGUCUUACAUAGGUAGCGGUAUGUGUAUAGAUUAGCGGUUUAUUUUCUUGAAUUAAUGUUUAGUAUGAGGAUAGAAGUUUUAGUGUACUCAUCUACGUACAGUUUUGAGUUGAGAAUACCUCCUUGAUCCAUGGACUAGGAUCUCUUGAUAUUUGAUCCGGAACGCCGAUUUAUGCUGGGUUUGC